CUGAUUACGCUGAUAUUGUUUCAAACUCCACUGCACUGAAAUUCCGGCAAUGUACUUACGUUGUAGAUUGCAGUCAGAGGUUGUGCUAUAUGUUUGCAAGUACAAUAAAUAGUUCACUGUGCUUCCAGACUGACCAUUUGUUAGCUAGUGUUUUAACUAAACAUGGAUAUUUUUUUGAAAAGCUGUCGCGAUGUGUUGAAGAGAAAUGCAGGUGUCAGCCCAGGGUUCCGUGUGGUCCUGGGUAACGAGGCCUGCGACGUGGACUCCAUGGUGUCGGCCGUGGCCUAUGCAUACUUCCUGUCUGUGACCAUGGUCCCGGGUAAAACACCCCUGCCUGUCAUGAAUAUUCCCCGGCGAGAGUUUUCCCUUCGCACGGACAAUGUCUUCUUGCUGAGAGAGAGCGGACUCUCCCCGGAUGACCUAGUGUUCCGGGAUGAGGUUGACCUAGGGGCUCUCCACCGUGCCGGCCAAUUGGACCUCACCCUGGUGGACUGCAACAUGCUGCCCUGGUCUGACAGGGAUUUAGAGGCGUCAGUGGUGGAGGUGAUCGACCACCAUCGCCUGGAGAGGAAGCCCUCUCCGUCCUGUGCCGUUACAGUGGAGACUGUGGGCUCCUGCGCCACCCUGGUGACAGAGUGUAUUGUCCAGAAAGCCCCGGAGGUCCUCCACCAACAGAUGGCCCUUCUCCUAUACGGAACCAUUGUGUUAGACUGUGUCAACAUGGCCCCUGAGGCGGGGAAAGUCACCCCCAAAGACAGCCAUUAUGCAGCCCUCUUGGAGAAGCGCUUCCCUGAUUUGCCACCGAGGGGUGCCCUCUUCUUGUCCUUGCAAAACGCAAAGUUUGACGUAUCAGGUCUCACUACGGAACAGAUGCUAUUGAAGGACAUGAAGGUAGCAUCUGGAGGAGAUGUGAAACUGGCAGUUAGUGUGAUAUAUAUGACACUGGAGGCUUUUCUACAGAGACAAAACUUACAGCAAGAGCUCUGUGAGUUCAGCAACAAACACAGCUACAGCCUUGUGGUGGCCAUGACUAUCUGCUACAACGAUAUCAAGGAACCAUUCAGGCAGCUGGCAGUAUACAGCUCCAACACCCUCUACAGGGAGCAGGUCAGCCAGGCCUUGGAGCAAGCCAGGAGCCCCAGUCUGAGCCUGAGUCCAAUGAGCAGCCCUUAUUCCGACAUCAAGGCUUAUCUCCAGGGCAACACGUUGGCUUCCAGGAAGAAAGUGCUUCCCAUUAUCAAGGACUUCCUGAUGGACAGGGAGAAGAGGCUGGUUCCUUGUGGGGACUUGGAAGAGAGCUACGAGGUACCAGUGCAACUGGCAUGUGCUGAAGACACUGGGAUAGAAGAUGACGUUCAGCUCCCUCCCACGCCUAUGAACAGCCUGGUAGAGGGGUGUCCCCUGGACAACGGGCUGCCCAAGAUCAGCGCUGAAGCUCUGACUAAGAAGUUCCGCAAGAUGGCCAGCGACGAGGCGAACGCAGGGGGACACUGAUGUCACUCUCUCGUCCUCACCCUUGUCGUCAAGGUCAGAAGGCCACCGGCUGUGCUCACUAACCUGUAUAACGGUGGGAUGGCCCGCGACUUCAACAGGACUCAGAUCGGAUUCCAUCCAGAUUGUUUGUGAAUGUGCAGGGUGUUAAAGUAUGCACAGCACUGAUCAGCUGGGAGCUGUGAGGCACCCUGUUUUGUAUCCACCAGAGAACACGGUCCACUUGAAACCGCACUGUCAAAAUGGAAAUGCAUUGAGAGUAUCAGCGAUGUGUACUUUCAUCCUUGAGUGGGAAUCUGACAUCUGAUUGGGAAAGAUGCAUAACAGAGGAUUUUGGGAUAUUAUUAAGGAUGAGAAAAACAUACACUCUUUCCCUGCGUGGGCUUGUACAAAUCUGCAUAGAUCAAUUUCUGUGAUUGAUGCUUAAGCCUGUGUGAUAUUUAGUGUUGAUUCUUCAUACUUCAUAAGUAUUAUAUUGACGUGUUUGUGUUGACAGUGUUUUAUUUCUAAGAAAUCAGUAUUUGUUCUUCUGAUUCAGAACUAACAUAACCUGUUCCAAAUGAGAGCAUCAUUCUAAUGUAUAUGCUGUCCAUUUGUGUUUAAUGUCAUUGUGUUUAGUCUAAGAAGGUUAUUUCAUUUUGUGCUGUUCAGCACUUGGUACUAGUUUCGGAUUUUGGGAUUUAUUAUAAUAUAUUUUGAAGCCUGGUGUUAUUAAUGGCUGGGGUACUUCCAGACCUGAUGCAGUCUAAAACCAGUUAAUUGAAAUACAGAAGUAAUCUAUUAGCCAAAGGUUUAAAAUAUUCAAAAUUAAACCUGCUUUUGAACAGUUUUUGUGUGCGUGUGAUUUAAAAAAAUAUAUACACUUAACAUUUUUAAGUUUUCUGUAUUCAUGUUUUGUUCAUAAUAAAAUUGCAUGUAUUUAAUA